AUGGAGGGUACAAUUCUCAAACUACCGCGAUUGAUUAGUCUAAAGAAGCAGUACAAGGCAUAUUUAUUUAUCGACGAGGCUCACAGCAUUGGUUCCCUUGGGCCUCGUGGAGGUGGAGUAUGUGAUUAUUGGAAUGUGGAUCCCAGAGAAGUCGAUAUCCUCAUGGGUACAUUCACAAAGAGUUUUGGUGGAUGUGGUGGAUAUCUUGCUGGGUCACACUCAUUUAUAAACUAUAUUCGGAAUAAUUCGUGUUUUAUGGACAGUACCACUAUGCCACCUCCAGUAGCAACUCAGAUCUCCAAGGCAAUUCAGAUUAUACAGACGCCGUCUGGAAUUGAGAGAUUAAAGUCUUUAAAACGGAAUCUCAGCUAUUUCCGGAGAAGACUAAAGGAAAUGGGAUUUCUUGUUUACGGACACAGGGAUUCUCCUGUCGUUCCCGUUGUGUUUUCGUCUCUGGCAAAAAUUGAUUUGAUUGGCAAGUAUAGCUUGGAUUCUGGAUUGGCUUUGACUUUGGUUGGUUCUCCAGCCACUUCACUGAUGGGGGCAAGAAUUAGAUUUUGUAUAUCUUCUGGACAUACGCGGGAAAUGCUUGAUAAGGUUUAUGAAUACACUAAUAUCAAUAGACUCUGA